AUGGGCCAUUUCAAGUGAUUACUAGAUCUUUCCCAAAUGGAAAAUUUAUGAUGCAAACUACUUUUUCAGUUGCGCCUCAGUUUCUGCUUCAGUAUUCAGCUCAUCUUAUACAAAUGCUACUGUUGGCUCAAAAGAAAACCUUAUUUUUAUUUGCAGUCCCUGCUAGUGUCGAUCUAUGGAAACAUGACACUUUGAAAUAAUCCCUGAUUCCCAUUAGACUGGCUCUGUAAACCCUGCAUGUGAAUCAGUUGACAUUCCUUCCGUAGCCAAUUAUAUUAA